CACCGCGCGCGCCCCUGCAUGGAAGGGACUGGCUGGCCAGCCGGGGGCCUCGGACUCCCCGCCUCCUCUCUCCGCCCCCAUCCCCAGCCGCAGGGUGUCCUCGAGCUCCUCCGCGCGCCGCCUGGCAGUUUGCCUUGUCCUCGUCCUCGCGCUUCCCAUCCAUGGCCACCGCAGCGACCGAGGAACCGUUCCCCUUUCACGGGCUUCUCCCGAAAAAGGAGACUGGGGCCGCCUCGUUUCUCGCCCGCUACCCGGAGUACGAUGGCCGAGGGGUGCUCAUCGCCGUGUUGGACACCGGGGUAGACCCGGGGGCGCAGGGCAUGCAGAUUACUACUGAUGGGAAACCUAAAAUCAUUGAUAUCAUAGAUACAACAGGAAGUGGUGAUGUGAAUACUUCUACAAUAGUAGAAUCAAAAGAUGGGGAAAUUGUUGGACUUUCAGGAAGAACUCUUAAGAUUCCAACAAAUUGGACAAAUCCCUCAGGCAAAUACCAUAUUGGUAUAAAAAAUGGUUAUGACUUCUAUCCUAAAGCUCUUAAAGAGAGGAUGCAGAAAGAACGUAAGGAAAAAAUUUGGGACCCUGUUCAUAGAGUUGCACUUGCAGAAGCCUGUAGGAAACAGGAAGAGUUUGAUGCUGUUAACAACUCUUCUUCUCAAUUAAGUAAAUUAAUCAAGGAGGAGCUUCAAAGUCAAGUAGAACUGUUAAAUUCUUUUGAGAAAAAAUAUAGUGACCCUGGCCCUGUCUAUGACUGCAUAGUUUGGCAUGAUGGCGAAACUUGGAGAGCCUGCAUUGAUUCAAAUGAAGGUGGGGACUUAAGUAACAGCACUGUAUUGAGGAACUACAAGGAAGCUCAGGAAUAUGGUUCUUUUGGCACAGCUGAGAUGUUGAAUUACUCUGUUAAUAUUUAUGAUGAUGGAAAUCUACUUUCUAUUGUGACUAGCGGAGGAGCUCAUGGGACACAUGUAGCUAGUAUAGCUGCUGGAUACUUUCCACAAGACCCUGAAAGAAAUGGUAUAGCUCCUGGUGCUCAGAUUCUUGCAAUCAAGAUUGGUGAUACAAGAUUAAGCACUAUGGAAACCGGCACGGGUCUUAUAAGAGCUAUGAUAGAAGCCAUAAAUCAUAAAUGUGAUCUUGUCAAUUAUAGUUAUGGAGAAGCAACCCACUGGCCAAAUUCUGGGAGGAUUUGUGAAGUUAUUAAUGAAGCUGUAUGGAAGCAUAAUAUAAUCUAUGUUUCAAGUGCUGGGAAUAAUGGUCCUUGUCUCUCCACAGUAGGUUGUCCAGGUGGAACUACUUCAAGUGUAAUAGGAGUUGGUGCUUAUGUUUCUCCUGAUAUGAUGGUGGCUGAGUAUUCACUAAGAGAGAAAUUACCUGCAAAUCAAUACACUUGGUCUUCUAGAGGCCCUAGUACUGAUGGAGCACUUGGAGUGAGUAUUAGUGCACCAGGUGGAGCUAUUGCUUCUGUUCCUAACUGGACAUUACGGGGGACCCAGCUCAUGAAUGGGACAUCGAUGUCCUCUCCUAAUGCUUGUGGAGGCAUUGCUUUGAUACUCUCAGGACUGAAAGCUAAUGACGUUCAUUACACGGUUCAUUCAGUCAGAAGAGCACUGGAAAAUACUGCAGUGAAGGCUGAAAAUAUAGAAGUAUUUGCUCAAGGACAUGGUAUUAUUCAGGUUGAUAAAGCAUAUGACUACCUCGUUCAAAACACAUCAUUCACCAAUAAAAUAGGUUUUACUAUUACUGUUGGAAGUAACCGUGGCAUCUACCUCCGAGAUCCUGUCCAGGUAGCUACACCAUCAGAUCAUGGGGUUGGCAUAGAACCUGUAUUUCCUGAGAAUACCGAUAAUUCUGAAAGAAUAUCUCUUCAGCUUCACUUAGCUUUAACCUCAAAUUCAUCAUGGGUUCAAUGCCCUACUCAUCUAGAGCUUAUGAAUCAGUGUAGACAUGUAAAUAUACGAGUGGAUCCUCGGGGCCUAAGAGAAGGACUACAUUUUACGGAGGUGUGUGGUUAUGAUACAUCAUCACCUAAAGCUGGCCCUCUAUUUAGAAUUCCAGUAACUGUCAUCAUAUCAGCAAAAGUAAAUGAGUCAUCACAUUAUGACCUCGCCUUUACAGAUGUACAUUUCAAACCUGGCCAAAUCCGAAGGCAUUUUAUUGAAGUUCCAGAGGGGGCAACUUGGGCUGAAGUUACAGUAUGUUCAUGUUCAUCUGAUGUGUCAGCCAAGUUUGUUCUUCAUGCUGUACAGCUUGUGAAGCAAAGAGCAUAUCGAAGUCAUGAAUUCUAUAAGUUUUCUUCCCUUCCAGAGAAAGGAACAGUGACGGAAGCAUUUCCUGUUUUAGGUGGAAAGGCAAUUGAAUUUUGUAUUGCUCGAUGGUGGGCAAGUCUUAGUGAUGUCAAUAUUGAUUACACAAUUUCCUUCCAUGGGAUAGUUUGUACUGCUUCUCAAUUAAACAUUCAUGCCUCAGAAGGAAUAAACCGUUUUGAUGUUCAGUCUUCCUUGAAAUAUGAAGAUCUUGCCCCCUGCAUAACUCUGAAGAGCUGGGUCCAAACUCUACGACCAGUAAGUGCAAAAACAAAACCUUUAGGAUCCAGAGAUGUUUUACCAAAUAAUCGUCAACUUUAUGAGAUGGUCUUGACAUAUAACUUUCAUCAACCAAAGAGUGGGGAAAUAACUCCAAGCUGUCCUCUGCUUUGUGAAUUAUUAUAUGAAUCAGAAUUUGACAGCCAACUCUGGAUUAUUUUUGACCAGAACAAGAGACAGAUGGGAUCAGGUGAUGCCUAUCCUCACCAGUACUCUGUCAAACUGGAGAAGGGUGAUUACACAGUUCGACUACAAAUACGUCAUGAACAAAUCAGUGAUUUGGAUCGUCUUAAAGAUCUUCCAUUUGUUAUUUCUCAUAGACUGUCUAAUACUUUAAGCUUAGAUAUUCAUGAGAACCAUAGUCUUGCUCUCCUUGGAAAGAAGAAGUCAAAUACUUUAACACUACCACCAAAGCAUAGCCAGCCAUUCUUUGUUACAUCAUUAUCUGAUGACAAGAUACCCAAAGGGGCAGGUCCAGGAUGUUAUCUUGCAGGAUCCUUAACACUGUCAAAGACUGAUCUGGGAAAGAAAGCUGAUAUAAUCCCUGUUCAUUACUACUUAAUACCUGCACCAACAAAGACAAAGAAUGGUACUAAAGACAAAGAAAAGGAUUCAGAAAAAGAAAAGGAUAUCAAGGAAGAGUUUGCUGAAGCAUUGAGAGAUCUUAAAAUACAGUGGAUGACAAAGUUGGAUACUAAUGAUAUUUAUAAUGAAUUGAAAGAAACAUUCCCUAAUCACCUUCCUUUGUAUGUUGCAAGACUUCAUCAACUGGAUUCUGAAAAGGAAAGAAUGAAAAGACUUAAUGAAAUUGUUGAAGCUGCAAAUGCUGUUCUCGCUCAUAUAGACCAAACAGCUCUAGCAGUUUAUAUUGCAAUGAAGACUGAUCCCAGGCCUGAUGCUGCUACUAUAAAAAAUGACAUGGACAAACAAAAAUCUACAUUAGUAGAUGCUAUUUGUCGAAAAGGAUGUGCAUUGGCUGACCAACUUCUUCAGUUGCAAGCUCAAGAUGGAGCUAUUUCAUCAAGUGACACAGAAGGAAAGGAGGAAGAUCGAGAGAGCUGUUUAGAUUCCCUUACAGAAACUUUCUGGGAAACCACAAAAUGGACUGACCUUUUUGACACUAAGGUGUUGACAUUUGCAUAUAAACAUGCAUUGGUAAAUAAAAUGUAUGGGAGAGGCCUCAAAUUUGCAACCAAACUUGUGGAAGAAAAGCCAACUAAAGAAAAUUGGAAAAAUUGUAUCCAACUGAUGAAAUUACUUGGAUGGACCCAUUGUGCAUCUUUUACUGAAAACUGGCUCCCCAUCAUGUAUCCUCCUGAUUAUUGUGUAUUCUGAAAUAUCAACUAAGACUUAAAAUUUAAAAACAAAAUGUUUUAUAGCGACCUAUACAACAAAUUUGUGACAUUUUUAUUCUGAUGCAUGUUGAUCCACUAUUAAAAUGAUGUGUAUUUAUCAGAAAAUUCACUGGUGUGUGGCUUAAUACAUGUAAACUCAGACCCCUGACAUCAAGAAGUUUUCUUAGUGCAUCACAUUGCUGGCAAUGGGAUGUGUCUUUACUGCCAGCACCAAGGAUUUUCAGUUGGGUUGCAGCUUAUUGCAUGAUAAUUAGGUUUUUAACUGUUACUUUGAACUGCAAACCUGUAAAAUUUCUAUUUUUAUUUUAUAAAUGGACAGGGUUUUAAAAUGCUUGACUUUAAUUUUUUUCAAUUGUAUGAAGGCCUUAAAAAUAAGCUACAUUAGCUGUAGCUAAAAUUAUUUAUUAGACUAAAGUAAUGGAACCUCAUUUCAUUUUUUUGUUGUUGGCAAACGUUUACAUUUUAAUUAAGGAUUUAAAUGAAAAACUGUCACAACUAGUAUAUGUCAUUUGAUGGAGUACAGCUCCUAUAAAUCUUCAUCUUGGACUUAUUUCAGGCAAAUCAUUUUUUAAAAUAUCUAUGUGAAGUUCAGAGUAUCAGGAUGAACUGAUACAUGUAUAAGUGCCAGACAGCUAAUUCUUUAUCAGGUAUUGUAAAGCUAUACAUAUGGUAUGUUUAUUAAAGUUGAAAUAAUGUAAAACACUUGAGAAUAAAUGUGCAAAAUUGAAGAUCAAAAUACACCAUAUGCACUCUGAUACCUUAAGGAAAUUUUUUUAUAAUUAAUAAAAGUGAAUAUUGAAGC